AUGGACAAUAGAAAGCGUAAUAUAUGGGGUCCUGUCUAUAACAAAGAGAAUGAUGACAUUGAUACUGUAGAUCUGACUAUACCACAUCUUACAAACAAACGUUUGAAGAAAGAAGAUCCAACAUUUGGAAAAGAAGCAUCAGUCUAUGUUCCAAAACCACUACAAGACAUUAAGAAAGGUAAUUCGCAUCAGAAUACAAUAAAUAAAGGAAAAAAACACGCGUUUCAACAACAUUCUUCUUUCAAUGGACUGAAUGCCACUAUUACCGUCAAUUUAGAAUCUACAAACAUAAAUCAAGAGAACAAUUAUAAUUCUCAGUAUGACGUCCACGCUUACACACAUAGUCUCUUUUCUGACCAUAUUCAACAACCGCCUUACGCACAGUCGGACACUAUGUAUAUGCCAUAUACUGAUCUCACAGAUACAUACCCAUCCAGUGCAUUUCCAGAUUUUUACGAAUCUCAUACACAGGCCAACGAAACAUCGGCUUCCCUUUCUCAGAUACUCAACAAUGAUUCAACUUACUCUCUAGACAAUAUAUUCUCCCCAGAGAUCAGCUCGCCUUAUUUUAAUCAGGACAUUCAAUAUAGUCUCCCUACAACACAACAGCCCCUUCCUUCAAUAUCUCCUUCGCACCUUACAGAUUCUCUUCCUACAGACUCUAGUACUCUUCCUACAAAUUCUCCUGCUAUAGAUUCUAUUUCUCUUCAUUAUGUAAAUUCCCCCCCUAUGGACUCUGCUUCUCCCCAACCCCCAAGUUCUUCUCUACCCCUCUCCCCAUCCCCCACCCCCGAUCCGUCGAAUUCAUCCGACUCAACGAGUGAAAUUUCAGAUAACCCGUUUGACGACAAAGCCGUUAAAGAUGCAAUGAAACAGUUAAAUACAGCCGAUGGACAAAUCCCUGGGCUAAUUCCAAAGCUAUUUGCUCAUCAGGUUAUUGGAGUUUCUUGGAUGGUUGGCCAAGAGAAAAGGUCGACGACAGUCAAAGGAGGAAUAUUGGCCGACGAUAUGGGCUUGGGAAAGACCAUCCAAACAAUAGCAACAAUUCUUAUCAAUCGACCUAAGACGGAUGAACCCAAAACUACUCUUAUCGUUGCUCCUUCUUCGUUGGUUUAUGUUUGGGACGACGCAAUAAAAAAACAUGUCGAUGAAAGUCAAUUUAGUGUGCGUAUCCAUCACGGUCCUGGGCGCACACUCAGUAUUAAAGACCUUGAAGCACAUGAUAUUGUCAUUACUAGUUACGACAUCAUUCGAGCUGAAUUUGCACGCAAAGACAAUCGUGGUCCUUCGGUUCGUGCUCGUUGGUAUCGCAUUGUGCUUGAUGGUAAGGCGAGAACAGAGAAAGUGGCGGUUGAGAACGAUAAUCGUGCUGAAGGGAAAUCUCAUGUUAUUAAGAACCAUCGUAGUCGAGGUAGCUUGGCAUGCAGCGAAUUAAAUGCUACUUAUCGGUGGUGUCUGACUGGUACACCUAUUCAUAACAAAGUUGAUGACCUCUUUUCCCUAUUCCGUUUCCUUCAUGUGGACGAAUAUGGAGAAUGGAGUGAAUUCCGUCGGUUGUUCCGUCACAACUAUUACCAAGAUAAACUUUCUCAACAGAAUGUACUAUCACGAGUUAUGCUCAGAAGGACGAAGACGUCAAAGUUGGGUGGAAGGCCGAUUUUAAACCUACCAGAAAGGGUACCGGAAGGUGUAAAACUGGAGUUUUCAACUGAAGAAAGAGAGUUUUAUGACGCAUUGGAAAAACGCGCGGCAGUAAUCUUUAACAGAUAUAUGAAGAAAAACAAUGUAAUUAAGAAUUAUGCCCAUAUUCUAUCAUUGCUGCUGUCGCUUCGAAGGGCAUGUGAUCACCCAUUUUUGGCUCAGCAAAGUAUAGAGUUCAAUGAAUCGCUUCAAGCUGAUUUAGGCAAAGCGCUCAAGUCGAUGCCAGAUGGGACUCUGACCUGGCAACAGUUGCGUCCUGAACCAGAACCAGCACAGAAUCCAGAACAGAAUUUAGUAGAAAAUGCAACAUUUGUACAUACCGGUGCAGAAAGCAACCCUUCCAACGUCUUUUCAACUAUCAACCCUAAUUUCAAAAUUGAAAUUCUAACCCCACCGUUAUCCGACAACUCUGCACCUGUCUCGACCGCUGGCGGUUAUUGCUCGGUGACUGAUUCUGAACGUAGUCUUGGCUUUGGUCAAGCAGUCAACUCUACAUCGCAGUAUAAUUCAGAGUUUUAUGGCGAGGUUAAUAAUAAUGAGUGGACAAGAGUGAAACUCGAAUCAGAAGAGUCUUUUGAAUCGACGACGACUGGAAUAUCAAGAGAUAGUGGAUACGGAGAGGAGCUGUAUAAUCCUAUAGAAUUGAACACGAAAGCCAGUAUAAAUGAAACCACAUGCGAUGGCAAUCUCCCACCUGUUGAGGAUCUGCUUACAUAUCCAUACAGCGAGUUAUUGCCCACUAUAGAGACUCAACUGGCAGACAAUUUGCCAGAAAUUGAAUUAACUGAUAAAAUAGACAACAACCCAAUAAAUGCAUUAGAUGUGAAACCAAACGUCAGUUCAUUGAACGACAUACUCAAUCCCACCUCUUCAAUUACACAACUGCCAACUCCGCAACCUCAAUCGUCCGAAGGUUCCGAUUGCGAUAGUCAAUCUCCUCCUGCAAUUGACAUGUCUGUAUUAGCGUCAGGUUCCGAACUAGUUCCAUCCACUAAAAUCACUGCUCUACUUAAUGAUCUCGAUGAGGUCGCAAAGACAGAACCUGAUUCUAAGAUUGUGAUAUUCUCACAAUGGUUGGGGAUGUUGGACAUUGUCGAAGAAGCUCUGACCGAAUACGAGAUUUGUCGGUAUGACGGUACAAUGAACGUUUUAGAAAGACAAAAAGUAAUAAAAAAAUUUGAUAAUGAUCCAUCGGUUAAAAUUCUCCUAAUCUCUCUUAAAUGCGGUGGACUUGGAUUGAAUUUAACUGCUGCUAAUAGAGUAUAUUUGUUAGAUUGCUGGUGGAACCCGGCCGUUGAGGAACAAGCAAUAGAUAGAGUGCAUCGCAUUGGGCAAACAAAGAAUGUCACAAUAAAGACAUUUACAGUAAGCAACACUGUUGAAGAUAGAAUACUUGUGCUCCAACAACGGAAGCGAGAAAUGGCAAGUAACGCAUUGAGCGGAGUGACAGUGAAUGACACUGUUCGACUCACGACGCAAGACCUCGCCUUCCUUUUCAAUGUAAACAAUGAAUAUCAUCCAGUAUAG